UCUAGAAACUUUCUCCCCCAUGGAUUUGUCUGGAUUGAAUACUUGCAAGGUGGCUCCGCUCCGGACAUCCUGCCCGCCCCGGCUCCUGCCCUUCCCAUCAGGACCCUGCCCGCCUCCGCCUUCACGAUGGUCACGGCACCUCCCCCUGCCCGCCCCGCGGCCCCCUCUGCCUCCAGGGCUUCCCCCGUGUCCCCCUCCCUCCAGCCAUCCUCCAGGAAAUUCAGACUCUUGGCACCAGAGGCUGACCCCCUCCCCAAUCCUCCGUUUUCCGGUACCACCUUCCAAUGACAGCACUCCUCCACAACCUUCACCUCAACACCCAAGAUGCCAUCCUCCAAGACCUCCUUGUGACAGGCCUAAGCACCUAGAUCCCCGCUCUCCUUCCGCACGGUUCCCUCUCACUGCCAACCUGCUAGCCGCCUAUAUCCACACAAUUGGCUACUCCUGCCCUUCCACUGAUUCCACCCUGGUAGCCAUGUUCCUCCUGGCCUUCGGCUUCCUAAGGUGCUCAGAAUUCACUUCCACCUCCUUUACCUUUGACCCCUCUGCUCACACAUGCAUCUCCGACAUCACGCUACACUCCCCAGACAUGCUCAUCUUCACCCUGAAACGCAGCAAAACCAAUCAAAGCGGGCCCGUUGUUCCCAACUUCCCCUUCCCCUAUGAUUUUCUGUAUAACCUGGUUCUCUCCAAGUCAGGAAGUCAUGGCCUCUCUUCCAGCUCACUAUUCUCCACGGAAUCAGGACACGGUGCCUCCCGUUUCUGGUUCCACCAUCUGUGCCUCAUCCUCGCCAAAUCAGGUGGCUCCGCUCCAGACACCCUGCCCGCCCCAGCUCCUGUCUUCCCGUUGGGACCCUGCCUGCCCCCGCCUCCACCUUCAGGCUGGUCACACCGCCUCCCCCUGCCCGCCCCGCAGCCCCCUCUGCCUCCAGGCCUUCCCCCUUGUCUCCCUCCCUCCGGGCAGCCACCCUCCAGGGUCUCUGCUCCCCGCACCAUCGUCGGGUCCUGUGGCCCCGUCCUAGCCUGGCUGCCAGCAAAAAUUGGGGUCGGGAAGUUGGGUCUGGGGAACCUCGGAUGGGGAAAAACGCUAGCCCCUUCCUGCUCUGCCACCCUGAACCCUCCCAGCAAUGGCUCACGGCAUCCGAGUUUGCUUGCGCGUUCUCCCUGUUCCGGGACGUCAUCUGCUCCUCCUUUACCGGGCUCCGGGUUCUACACCUAUCACUUCUGGUUUGCCCCCGAGGCUGCGGGGCAGCUCCAGCAGUUCAACGAGGCCACCUACCUACUGGAGCUCUAUUGUCGGGUUUUCGCUGCCCGGUCCGCCCUGCUCCCUGUGCGGCGCUCCUUCCCACCCUUCCCUGGAGUGCAUGAUCGCAGCCAGCCCGGUCCCCGUGCGUGGCCCCCACACUUGGCCCCUGGCCCCCCGCCCGGCCCCCUUUUGCCUCCUCCGGCCCUCCUUCCCCUGCCCCUCCUGGACCAGAACAUAGUUACAGAUGACAGCACCCAGACGGAGAACCAGAGAGAGGAGCCUGGAGAGGGGAAAACACUUUCAGUCCCCCUCCGGCUUCUACAUGAAGCAGAUGACAGCACCCAGAAUGGGGAUGAGAUGAUACUGAGGCGGAGGCCCUCGGUUGUUUCAUGA